GGUGUCGUCCUGCGUAACCCCGUCCAUCUUGACGUCGCUCCAGUUAAACCGUUCUCCCGCUCCGGUUCAGAGGCGCUUCAUCACCCCUCCGUCCACCUGUCACUCCCCCGCGGCCGUGGAAAUAAACCUUUUUUUUUAUUUUUACAAUCACCUCCACAGAAAAGAAACACAACAUGGCGAGCAACUUCUCCAGAAUCCUGUCCUCCAAACAGAGGAUCGGGGUGCUGACGUUCGUGGGGGGCUCGGUAACGGCUGGCUUUCUGCUCCACCGGCAGCACGUCGGCGCCGCAGCGCCGGUGCGCAGGAGCUACCCCGCCAGUGCGGACUACCCGGAUCUGCGCAAACACAACAACUGCAUGGCCUCCAGCCUGACGCCCGCCAUCUACGCCAAGCUGUGCGACAAGGCCACUCCCAACGGCUACACGCUGGACCUCGCCAUUCAGACGGGCGUGGACAACCCCGGGCACCCCUUCAUCAAGACGGUCGGCAUGGUGGCAGGAGACGAGGAGUCUUACGAGGUAUUUUCAGACCUGCUGGACCCCAUCAUCAAAGAGAGGCACAACGGCUACGACCCGAGCACCAUGAAGCACCCCACCGACCUGGACGCCAGCAAGAUCCAUUCGGGCAACUUCGACCCGCGUUACGUGCUGUCGUCCAGGGUGCGGACGGGCCGCAGCAUCCGAGGGCUGAGCCUGCCCCCCGCCUGCACCCGGGCGGAGCGCCGGGAGGUGGAGAGGGUGGUGGUGGACGCCCUCGCCGGGCUGCACGGCGACCUGGACGGGAAGUACUACAGUCUCACUCAGAUGACCGACGGGGAGCAGCAACAGCUCAUUGAUGACCACUUCCUGUUCGACAAGCCCGUGUCCCCCCUCCUGACAUGCGCAGGCAUGGCUCGUGAUUGGCCCGAUGCCCGUGGUAUCUGGCACAACAACGAGAAGACAUUCCUGGUUUGGGUCAAUGAGGAGGACCACACCCGGGUCAUCUCCAUGGAGAAGGGAGGCAACAUGAAGAGGGUCUUUGAGAGGUUCUGCAAAGGCCUCUUGGAGGUGGAGCGUCUGAUCCAGGAGAGAGGCUGGGAGUUCAUGUGGAACGAGAGGCUCGGCUACGUCCUCACCUGCCCCUCCAACCUGGGCACGGGGCUCAGGGCCGGGGUCCACGUCAAACUGCCCCUGCUGAGCAAGGAUCCCCGCCUCAGUAAGAUCCUGGACAACCUGCGUCUGCAGAAACGAGGCACCGGCGGCGUGGACACGGCUGCCGUGGGCGGCGUGUUCGACAUCUCCAACCUGGACCGCCUGGGACUGUCUGAGGUCCAACUGGUGCAGACGGUGGUCGACGGCGUCAACUACCUCAUCGAGUGUGAGAAGAGACUGGAGAAAGGCCAGGACAUCAAGGUGCCCCCCCCACCCCUUAAGCAAUUCAAGUAGACACUGAUCCUUGACCCCCACCAUCCUCUGGGCACACACACACAAACUCCCCGCUCUGUGCCCAUAGAUAUUAUAAAUAUCUAUGUCCUUACCACUACUUACCUAAUCUGCCCCUCUCUGCCCCACAGUAUACCUCUAUAUAAUAUAAUCUACAUAUAUUAUACGCAGCUAAUCUAUCUGGCCAAAACCAAACUAGAGGCCCAGAAUACGGCUUCGGGGCUUCAGUGUGUUGAAGAUGCAUUUGAAGGGUCUCCAUCUUUAAAACUGAGACUCAAACAUGUCGGCUGCUGGUCACACGGUUCCUUUGGCUCUGCUCCCAAAGCACUCCUCAGCCCACCACACCUGGCUCCUCCCCUUCCUGCAUGUCCUGUAACUCCUCCCCCUCAUUCCCGUGUGAUGAUCGGUCAUUCCUUCUAUCUAGUGCUCCCUCCAUCUGUACUUCUACUCUCUAGUUUCUUUUCAGCGUCUUUGAGUGUAUUUGAAUGUCGAUUAACAGCUGACACACACACACACACACACACACACACACACACACACACACACACACACACUGGCCGGGCCGGGUUCUGUACUGUAAGCUACUGAAGCAAUAUCAUUCCAGCUCCUCAUGAAUGUCACACCGUAAUGUCUUUUAUUAAAGAAGUCAUCUAUUUAACAGGA